AUGGUUCUUGGUCAGCUGCGAAUGAAUGUGGAGUACGGCGAAUUUUUGCACAAAAGAAGUCAGAAGUUUACGGACUUCGAUAUGAUCCGGAAAGAAAUCGAAGAUGAAACAGAUCGAGCAACGGGUCAGAAUAAGGGCAUCUCACCAGAACCAAUCAAUUUACGGAUUUUCAGCCCAAAUGGUAACCCAUUCAUCUUCUGUUCUUUCGUUGAUCCACAGGGACUGAGAACGAUCGGGGUACUAACAAAGCUGGAUCUCAUGGAUGAGGGCACCGAUGCUCGUGAUAUCCUUGAGAAUCGUUUAUUUCCACUGCGAAGAGGUUACGUCGGAGUGGUAAAUCGCGGACAGAAAGAUAUUGUUGGAAAAAAAGAUAUUCGAGCAGCUUUGGAUGCCGAGCGCAAAUUUUUCAUAUCACAUCCCUCAUAUCGGUAUUUUUUUGCUGUUUAUUUUACUUCAGUACUCUUAGCAUAUAUUGUUUUAUCUACCGCCAUGUUUCCUUUGCCAUCGUUGCAACAAGCUACGUUAGCACUUUGA